AUGUCAUUAAUAAUUAAUACGUUAUUAUUAUGUACAAUUUUAUCUGAUAUUAAUAUAAAUUUUAUAGCUGAAACUGAACGCAAGAGAAAAGUUAAAGAAGCUCAUUUACAAGCACCAAUUCCUGAUAAAUCAUCAUCAACAUCUUCAAAUGUAAUUCUUACUGAAAGAAGAGCUGAUGUUCAAUUAGUAACUUCACAAAUACAAGAGGAUUCAAGAAAUUCUGACCUCACAGGAUUUGGAGAUAUAACCGAUUUCUUUGAUCGUGUGGAGUUCCAGAAUAGGGGAGCUGCAUAUACUGCUACAGCUGCUAUUGGACCAUCAACUCCAUCAAAAUAA